AUGUCUCCCUCCCGCCAGGCGAUCCGCUCCAUCAGCAUUACCAAAAACACGUUCAAGCCGCCGUUCGUCCCCUUGGUCGCCGACACGGGCUUCGCCGGCGCCAUCGGCAACACCCCGUUGCUCAAGUUGCCGCGGAUCUCGGCGUCGGUGGGACGCAACAUCUACGCCAAAGCCGAGUAUAUGAACCCCGGGGGGCUGAUUAAAGAUAGAGCGGCAUUAUACGUGGUUAAAGACGCCGAAGAGAAAGGGCUUAUUGGCCCGGGCGGCACCGUCGUCGAGGGGACGGCGGGUAACACCGGGAUCGGCCUCGCCCACAUCUGCCGCGCUCGUGGCUACCAGUGCGUCAUCUACAUGCCCAACACCCAGUCUCAGGCGAAGAUGGACACGUUGCGGUUGUUGGGGGCCGAAGUGCACCCGGUGCCGGUGGUGCCGUUCUCGGACCCGAUGAAUUUCAACCACCAGGCCAAGCGCCACGCCGAGCAAAUGGACAACGCCGUGUGGACGGACCAGUUCGACAACUUGGCCAACCGCCAGGCCCAUUUGGAGACGACGGGCCCGGAAAUCUGGGCCCAAUUGGACGGCAAAGUCGACGCCUUCACCUGUGCUACCGGUACCGGAGGUACGUUCGCCGGUAUCACCCACUACUUGAAAAAUAUCAGCAACGGCAACACCAUGUGUGUGUUGGCUGACCCUCCUGGGGCCGCUAUCUACUCGUUCAUUAAAACGGGGGAAUUAAAGCUGGAAGGGCUGUCGUUUACCGAAGGGAUUGGCCAAGGGCGUAUCACUAACAACUUAGGCGCUGACCUUGACCUUGUUGACGAUGCUAUCCAAGUGCCUGAUGAAGACUCUAUCGUCAUGGCCUACCGGUUAUUGGACGAAGAAGGGUUAUACAUUGGCGGUACCGGCGGUCUCAACGUCGCUGCUGCUGUCAAAGUGGCUCAGGACUUACCGGAAGGGCUGAAUGUGGUGACGUUGCUCCCCGAUUCGGCCCACAAGUACGUCCACAAGAUGUUCUCGAAACUGUUCUUAAAGGAUAAGGGGUUGUACGACGCUAUCCCCGACCACUUGAAGAAAUACGCCAUCCUCGAUUAG